AUGUCUCUUCCUCAAGAAUUUGACCUCGUUAUUACGAACGGUGUAUGCGUCACUGCCGCCGAUGUAGCGCCAUUGGAUAUUGGAAUCAAAGGCGGAAAGACUGUCCUCCUUGCCCCUUCAGGCUCGCUCGCUAAAGCCAAUGCGUCGAAGCUCAUCGAUGCCGAGGGUGGAUAUGUCAUGCCCGGGAGCGUCGACUGCCACGUCCAUCUCCAAGAGCCGAGCAUGUUCGGGAAGGGCAGCUCAGCGGACUCCUACGAGUCUGGAUCGCGGUCAGCCAUUGCCGGAGGGUGCACCACCCUCGUUUCGUUCGCUCCUCUACAGAAGGAAGCUGAGUCGCCGUUGGAGGCUAUAAACGCCACGCACGGCCUGGCCACAGGAAAUUGCUACUGCGACUACGGCUUCCACCUUUUGAUGGGAAAUGCAGGCCCCAAGGCUCUAGAGGAGAUGAAGCUGUUGCGACAACAUGGAGUCACCUCGGUCAAGAUCUAUAUGACAUACCAGGCUCUUCAGCUCCGAGAUGGGGAGAUCUUGUCCGUGCUACUGGCAGCGAGGGAAAACAAGAUCCUCACCAUGAUCCACGCGGAAAAUGGGGACGUCCUAGACUGGCUCACGGACAAACUGGAGGCCGCGAAGCUGUUCGCACCGAGGUACCACUCCAACUCUCGCCCGCCGAUCCUAGAGUCGGAAGCCACCAACCGCGCCAUCGCGCUGGCGGGCCUCAUCGCCCAGACCCCGAUCCUGCUCGUUCACGUCAGCGACCCAGCGGCAGCGCUCCGGAUCCGCGAGGCUCAGACCCACGGCCAGCCCGUCUUCGCGGAGACGUGCCCGCAGUACCUCUUUCUCACGCGCGACGACCUGGCCAAGCCCGGCUUCGAAGGCGCAAAGUGCGUCUGCUCGCCUCCCCCGCGCAGUGCCGAGGACCAGAACGCGAUCUGGACGGGCCUGCGCAACGGCACCUUCUCCAUCCUCAGCUCUGACCACUGUCCCUUCCGGUAUGAUGACGCGCAGACGGGGAAGAAGACGUGCGUGACGGAUGAGCACCCCGUGGGGAGGUUCAAGUACAUCCCCAACGGCCUUCCUGGGAUCGAGACGAGAAUGCCGCUGGCGUUUUCUGCCAACAGGAUUGAGUUGACAAAGUUCGUGGAGGUCACGUCUACCAAUGCGGCCAAGAUGUACGGGCUGUACCCGCAGAAGGGCUCGAUCAUCCCUGGUGUGUCGGAUGCGGAUCUGGUGAUAUGGUAUCCGGAUGCAAAGCGACCCAACAUCACGCUGAAGAACGAAAUGUUACACCACGAUGUGGACUACUCCCCAUAUGAGGGGAGAGUAGUUGCCAACUGGCCGAGAUACACGAUCCUGCGCGGUGAAGUUGUCUGGGACCGGGACCACGGUGGCAUAUUGGGGAACAAGGGAUACGGACAGUUCAUCAAGCGCGAGGCUAGUUCGCUGAGCGGUGUGUGGGAGGCGGUGGAUCAGCAUGGUCCGUUCAACCUCGAGGCAUUGUGA